GCGCCAAACACUUCGCACCUUCUGAACUACCACGUCACAGCAUAAUUGUCGCAUUCCGUUUGAUUCUCCCCCACAAAUUCGAGCAUGGCGCGCACAAGUCUUUUCCUGGUUAUUCUGAGCGCCUGGGUGUUUGGCGCACAUGCGCAAUUCGGCUUCUUCGAUCAGAUGUUCAAUGGCGGUGGAGGACAGCAACAUCAGCAGCAGCAGGCCCAGAACGUGAGGAGUGAUAGUACGUGGUAUCAGGCGCAGUAUGAGAAUGCGCAAUGCUCCCACUACCUCUGCCCCGGCACACUCUCUUGCGUCCACUUUCCGCACCACUGUCCCUGCGCGUGGCAAGGCGUCGAGGAUAAAGUCGAGUUGGGCGAGGGGAUAGCCAUCUGCGGAUCCAAGGGAGGGUACAAGGCUGGCGAGUUUGCGAAGAAGGUCGAGCUGGCGCGGAAGGGGCUGUUGUGAGGAAAUAACAAGCAUAAGCGAUGAACGAUGAACAAUACCGAAGGCGUUGAGGAUAUGAAAUUCAACGUAGAAUUGCGUGGUAUACCAAGAGGAGUACAAGCACGAACGAACAGAAGAUAAAAUUUAGACGGAUAUUCCGACCGCCAUCGUAAAUUCGUGUCAUUUCAU